UCACUCCUGCGCCUCCAACGGGGAAGCACCUUGCCGAGACUUGAGAGGAACUGCCUGAAGAAGGAACUGGUGGAGGUUACUUGUGUGCUCUGGAACUUGAGAGGAACUGCCUGAAGAAGGAGCUGGUGGAGAUUACUCGUGUGCUCUUUUCUCUCUCCCCGCCAGGACUUGAGAGGAACUACCUGAAGAAGGAACUUGAGGUUAUUUGUGCAUUCCUGUGUUUCUUCUCGCUGGAACUUGAGAGGAGCCGCCUGAAGAAGAAGCAGGAGAAUGUUACUCGUGUGUUCUUCUCCCUCCUCGCUACAUCGUUAGAGGAAUUGCUUGAAGAAGGGAUAUUAGGAGUUUAUUCUUGUGUUCUUAUCUUCCUCCAUUUGUGUCUCGAAAGGGGCAGCACUUCUGUAUCUCUUGUGAUGGCGAGGAACCACCUGAAGAAGGAAGGGAAAGCGCCUUUGGAUUUGUGAUGGCGAGAACACACUUGUAGAAGAAAGGUACUCAGACUUUCUUCGCGUCUUCUUGUCUCCCUCCAUAACGCCUCGGAAGGGAAAGUGUCCGUCUAGAACUUGUGAUGCCGAGGAACCUCUUGAAGAAGAAAAGGACUCUAGGGCUUUCUUCGUGUUUUUAAUCAGAUGAACUCACAUACUCUCAAUCGCACCUCGAAGAGAAGACUUAGAUAGACUUUGAAGAGAUAAAUAGGUCUUAUGGUGCUUAUGUCUGGCCUUCUGGUGACGAAGAAAAGAACUAGAGGACUUUCUUUGAGUUUCGUGAUCUAAGAAACUCACGUUCUCCAUCACGCCACGAACUCAGACGGGAAACUCUUUAAGGGAUUCGUGAUGCUUAUGAGGAACAACCUGACGAAGUAGAAAUAAACUAGAGAAUCUCCUUCGUGCCUUAGAGCUUGAAGAAAAAAGUCCAGUGUGUUGUGAGAAUAGAGUCAGAGCGAGCGAGUGCUGGAGUGAAGUUAAAGAAAUAGAAAUAAACCAAAGGACAAGCGUGUCUCGUGAUAGGGGAAAUUCCAAUACAUCUUGAAAACAGAGUCAGGAACACGUUGUAAAGUGUAGCUGUUGAGGGGCUGUGUGUACGAGGAGCCACGUAACGAAGACGAAAGGGACUACGGAACCUUCGUGUGUGGUGACUUGGAAAACCCACCCAAUGAAUCGUGAAAGCCAAGCGAAGAAGUAACACGGUGAAAAGACUAAUUGUGAUGGCCGCGCUCCUCGUGAACAUGUCCUGAAGCAGCUUUCGCAUCACCAUGAAGAAGUGGUUCCUCAAGCCGGAGUGGUCGAAGGAGGACGAGGAGGGACAGAGUGUUGUGUUUGGCGACGAGGAACCGCAGCACGACCCUGAUGAUUUCCCGCCGCCGCCCCCGCUUGAUGACGAGGACGAGGACGAUGGGAGCUACGACACGACGACCCCUACCCCACCAGCAUGCCCCCCGGAGAUGGAUGGCGUGGAGGGCAAUAGCGCUGAUGUCAGGAAGGGAGGCGAGGCAGAAGAACCCCGCCAGCAGCAGGUCUCAGAUGAAGCGAGGAAAAGAUUCAGUGAGCUUUUCGAACAGGAAGUGAAGCCUCGCAGACUGUUUCAGGUGGUGGCGGGCGUGACAGUCGCUGCCACACACCUGGGCGUCGGCUGUGCCUUCGGGGUGUCAGGAGUGAUGCUGCCGAACCGAACACAUCCAGCACCGGGUGACGAUCUCUUCACGGAUCCUUUCUACGCCACGAUGUUUGAGAACAUGGUAGUCCUCGGGGCCGCCGUGGGGAGCGCAGGGACAGGGCCGCCUCAGGUGUGGGUGGGUCAACGCGUGACUCUGCUGCUGAGCCUUCCACUGGCCCUGGCCGCGUGGGUCCUGCUGGCCACCUCGCACAGCGUGUGGGUCCUCAUCGCCGCCAGGGCAGUGCAGGGCCUCACCUUGGGCUUCAUCGUGGGGCCCUCCAGCAACUAUCUGGUGGAGCUGGCGCACACCAACCUCCGUGGAGUCCUGUUCGCCGGGGUUAAUGUUGCUCAGCAGCUUGGGUACCUGUUUAUGUACGCCACGGGGUACUGGGGCGUGUCCUGGCGUGUGGCAGUGCUGGUGUGCGGCUGUCUGGCCACUAUCCUUCCCUUCAUCGGCCUUAUCCUCCUCCCAGACUCCCCGCGCUGGCUUGCCUCCAGGGACAGGCACACCGAGGCUCUCAAGUCCAUGAUGGUGUUCAGGGGACCGAGGUACGAGUCACGGCAGGAGCUGGCGGGCGUCAUGGAGCAGCUGGACAAGAGGAGGGUGACGCCGCGGGAUCAGCUCCGCGCCUUGGAGAAGCCCGAGGUGCUGUGCUUCAUGCUGCUGUUCACCUUCCUCGUCAUGGCGUCACAGUUCUCAGGCAGCUUUGUGACGAGUCUGUACAGCCUGCAGAUCUUCCAUUACGCCAAGGGUGAGCUGAGCCCGGGCCUGAGCGCCGUGGUGGUGAGCGCCAUACGCCUCAUGGGGGCAGUGUUCCACCUCAUCGUAGUGGAGCACCUCAGCCGAAAGUUUCUGUUGAUUGGCGCCUUCCUGCUGUGUUCUGGGACCAUGGCGCUGCUCGGCUCGUCCCUAUACGACCAGGCGCACACCUCAAACCUCCCGCUGCAGUCCUGGCUACCUCUCGCCUCCCUCGCUACCUACUCCUUCUUCUCAAACAGUGGCUUGUCCGUGCUGGAGCUGCUGCGGGAGGAGAUUCUAUCCACGUCCGUGCGCUCUACAGCAGUGAGCUUCCUGUCCUGCCUUUUUUUCGUGGGUUCCUUCCUCGCCAUGCAGACUUACUUCCACGUGGUGGCCGCCCUGGGCCAGCACGGCGUCUUCUGGCUGUACAGCGUCUUCAACUUCAUCCUGGCCGUCCUUGGCGGCCUUGCGCUGCGGGAAACUCGAGGCGCGUCACUGGAGGAGAUCGCCGCCCGUACUCACCGCAAAGAUAAGCAGCCUGACGCCCCUGACGAGCCGGGCCAGCCACACCACGCCGACGCCUCGCAUUACAACCCGCAGAAUGGAUGCAAAGUAACGCACCUCGGCUACAACGAGAUGAAGGUCGCCCCGGUGCAGCACGAAACUCUACGCCGCUCCAAUGGCUCCAAUGGCCUGCUCAAGUCCUCUCCUUCCAUCCUGGUGCACGACAGCCAACCCGCCAGCCUGCAGCGCACCUACAAACCAGUGCACAACCAUCACUCAGAGGAAACUAACUCGCUUCCCGUGUAUCCCCCGAGUGAGGAUCUGCCGUACGCCUCGAUCACUGAUGGCUGUGUCAGGGUGUUCUUCCUCAACCAGCAGUGAGUGAGGCGGUGACACGGGACUAAGCGCCAUCAUACCCAUCAUUAUCGCACCUUCAUCAUCGUCAUCAUCAUCAUCACGAGUGUCUGGGAUAAGUAAACACUAACACACUGUAGAAGGUAGUAAGUGUUGUAUUGUUUUUGUAUUUUUGCAUGUUAUUUUAUUUGUGUUUUGCUACAUGUUCAGUUUCUCUUGUGAAUUAAUUAAGUAUUGUUAAAGAGAUCUGUCCAAUUCACUCCUUUGUCGUAGAGUGGGCAACAAUAAAUAACAAGAGAAA